UCAACCACUGGAAGCGUGAGAAAAUUUCAGCGUUGAUGACCAUAAAUGGGUGGAGUGAAGUAUGACACAUCAAUAUAUGAUAGCAUAAGUGCAGAGAUAAUUGUGAUUGGCUGUUUGUCUAAAUAGGGAACUCACAGUCAGAGUUGCUGAGUUCAGUCUACAGUUCUAAAGCGUACAGUGCUUUAACCAAUAACCUUCGUCCAUUUCAGCACAGACAAACUCAAUUACAGAUUUUUUAAUAUAAUUUUUUUUUUUAAUCUCAGGAUUCAAUAACUGACAGACUGGUUCAGAUUAACACUGAACACCAACUAGAAUGGGAGAUUGGGGGUUUCUCUCAACUUUACUGGACAAGGUGCAGUCCCACUCUACCGUGAUUGGCAAGAUAUGGAUGAGCGUCCUCUUCAUCUUCAGGAUCCUCGUCCUGGGAGCAGGAGUUGAGAACGUGUGGGGGGACGAGCGGUCAGACAUGGUGUGUAACACCAACACGCCUGGUUGCGAGAACGUGUGCUAUGACUGGAAGUUUCCCAUCUCCCACGUUCGCUUCUGGGUCAUGCAGAUCAUCUUUGUGUCCACUCCAACUCUGUUGUACCUGGGCCACGCCAUCCACGUCAUUCACCAAGAGAACAAGCUCAGGGAGAUGCAGAGGAACAACCUGUUUGCGAAGUCACCAAAAUACACAGAUGAAAAUGGCAAAGUCCAAAUCAAGGGGAGGCUUUUGGGUAGCUACCUGGCUCAACUGUUUUUCAAAAUCAUCCUGGAGCUGGCUUUCAUCGUUGGACAGUAUUAUCUGUAUGGGUUUGUGAUGGUUCCCGAAUUCCAUUGUGAAAAAGCACCCUGCCGAAUGAAGACGGAGUGCUUCAUGUCCAGGCCCACAGAGAAGACCAUCUUCAUUAUCUUCAUGCUGGUGGUCGCAUGUGUAUCUCUGGCGUUGAACAUCCUAGAGGUGUGCUAUUUGCUUUGCAAGAGGAUAACCAAGCGACGUAAACAUGACGGUAUGGUGCACCACAAUCCAAAAGCCAACUACAUGCCACCUCCUGCGUUUUCAUUAAGCCUGGACGCUGCAGAGAGCCUGAAGCAGAACCGCAUGAACACUGGCCUGGAGACCGGAUGGGCCCACAGGAGCAGCAGCCCUGCUGAAGAGAAGUCUGAACUGUGAAAGUGCCAUACUACAGUCCUCAAUCUUUCUGCAGGGAUAGUUGAUGGAGUCUUACACCAGAUGGCGCAAUGCACCUGUUGAGUGUGAUGAACUCCUUACUAGUGCAGUCUAAUCAUGCAUGAAUGUCAGUUUUGAACAAAUUGUUUUAUUCAGAGGCUUUAAAAAUCAAGAACUUUCUCUUUUUUUUUGCUGCAAUUUAGAUACCUUUCUUAUUAUAAUGUGUCCAAAAGUGUCUAUAUGUCUAGAACAUAAUUCAUGUACAAUAAAGUGUUUUAAAUGUGAAAUAUAAUUAAAUAUAAACGUGUGUAAAAAUAAUCAACUCUUUGAAAUGGGGAAAAAUGGGAAACUGACAUAGCAGCAAUGUGGCAUUAUAUGAUGAUCAGAGCGUUUAAACUUGUAUUUAUACUGUGAUUUUCCUUCACUGAGAAUAAACACUGAAAAUGAAGAAGAAUAAAUAAUCAUGACACAUAAAUCAGGAACAAGUGUGGUAGGCUUGACA